UAAUGUGGGCAGCGGCUUGUUCAUUGGAUUGGCUGGGUCAGGGGCCGCAGGAGGCCUGGCAGUCGGGGGCUUUGAGUGGAAUGUAGGUCACACUGAUCAUGCCUUAACACCCACACAUUGCAGUGACAAUGACUCUGGUAUUUGGUUAUGGUGACUUAGCAGGCACUUUUAUCCACAGCGACUUACAACAUCAUAAUAACAAACAAUUACAGUAAAAAGUACACCAAGGGUGAUUGUACGUGGUGACUGCUUGUGACAACCCGUAACAUGUGAAAUGACGUAACUUUGAAGUCGUCAGAAUUCGCCAUGAACUGGGGGUCCUUUGAUUUGUACGAGACCGCUUCUCUCGUCAGAUGAUUUUAGGGGGGCGUGCCGUCGUGUAAUUUUGUGUAACUUGUUUUUCGGUCAUCUUACUACUCGUAAGAAGAGCCACAAAUGGAACGCACGAUAAAUAGACAGGCCCCAACUUAUAUCACUGACCUCAUUCAUUUACAAUCAGUCCCCAGGUCUCUCAGAUCUUCCAGUAAAGCGCUCCUACAUGUGCCUCGGGUCACAUCAUCUCUCAAACAUAAAGGUGACAGGGACUUUGCAGUUGCUGCUUCAUGUUAUGGAACCACUUGCCAUCCAUCUCCAGCUCUGCUUUUACAUCUAGGCUCAAAACCCACCUUUAGUCUUUGGCCUUCCCAGCCCACUUGCCUCCUAUCUGCUGUUAUGUCUGAAACUCUGCUGCUGUCCGUUGCCAUUCUCUGGUUGUUGUUGUUGGUAUGUGUGUUUUGUUGGUGAAGGUUUCUCAAUCUGUAUAUAUUAUCAUUCGUUUUAUUUAUUUUGUACAGCACUUUGGUCAGUGAAAGCUGUGUUUAAAUGUGCUUUAUGAAUCAAAUGAUCUUACUUACUCAUGAACCCAACGCAGGAUUGUGAAAUGUGACUGGAGUGGUUGUGGUGAGUGGUGUGUGUAUGUUUUGUGGCCCCCCGGCAGGCAUCCUGGGUCCUGGUGGCCCUGGGCUGGAUCUUUGUGCCAGUGUACAUCUCCUCUGGCGUGGUCACCAUGCCCGAAUACCUGCGGAAGAGGUUUGGCGGACAACGGAUCAGAAUCUACAUGAGCGUGCUCUCUCUCAUCCUCUAUGUACUCACCAAAAUAUCAACAGACAUUUUCUCUGGAGCUUUAUUUAUCCGCGUUUCCCUGGGCUGGGAUUUGUACCUCUCCACAGUUGUACUCAUCGCUGUGACCGCUGUCUAUACUAUAGCAGGUGGAUUGACAGCAGUCAUUUACACAGACGCAUUGCAGACCGUCAUCAUGCUUUUGAUAAGGUGGGCUGGUACGAGGGUCUGUUGGAUCAGUAUGAGAAGGCCGUGCCCUCCAUCAUUGUGCCUAACACCACGUGCCACCUGCCGCGGCCGGACGCCUUCCACGUGUUCAGGGACCCUGUGACCGGAGACCUGCCCUGGCCCGGCCUGCUGUUUGGACUCACUGUGCUGGCCACCUGGGUGUGGUGCACUGACCAGGUUAUAGUUCAGAGAUCACUAGCAGCCAAAAACAUGUCCCACGCAAAAGGGGGGUCGGUUUUGGGAGGGUACCUCAAAAUGCUGCCCAUGUUCUUCAUUGUGAUGCCUGGCAUGAUCAGCAGAGCACUCUACCCAGAUGAAGUGGGUUGUGUGGACCCAGUGGAGUGCCAACGCAUCUGUGAGUCCAGUGCGGGGUGUUCUAACAUCGCCUAUCCCAAAUUAGUGGUGGAACUCAUGCCAGCAGGCCUGCGUGGUCUGAUGAUCGCUGUCAUGAUAGCCGCCCUCAUGUCGUCCCUCACGUCCAUCUUCAACAGUAGCAGCACGCUCUUCACCAUGGACAUCUGGCAGCGCGUGCGACGACAUGCCUCCGAGAGGGAGCUCAUGGUGGUGGGCAGGGUGUUCAUCCUGCUGAUGGUGGUCGUGAGCAUCCUGUGGAUCCCCAUCAUCCAGACGGCCAACAGUGGCCAGCUCUUUGACUACGUGCAGGCCAUUACCAGCUACCUGGCCCCGCCCAUCACAACGCUCUUCAUCAUGGGCAUCUUCUGGAAGCGGGUCAAUGAGCAGGGUGCCUUCUGGGGCCUCAUGGUGGGCCUGGCUGUGGGGACGGUGAGAAUGGUGAUGGAGUUUGUGUACGGCACGCCCUCUUGUGGCCAGGAGGACACACGGCCAGCGCUGCUGAAGGACAUUCACUACCUGUACUUCGCUCUCAUCCUACUAGGGAUCACAGCGCUGGUCAUCACGGUGAUCAGCCUCUGCACACCACCCAUCGAGGACAAACACCUUGUGCGGCUGACAUGGUGGACGAGGCACAGUAAGGAUCCACGUGUGGACCUGGAGGACCCCUGGGCCACCACCCCUAACGAGGAGGCCAAGGAGAUGCCUAAGUCCCAGGCUGCCUCUCCUGAGCUGGAGGAGCAGCCGCUACAGGCCGCGUCCAGCUCGUGCUGGAGGAGAGUGGCCAUGUGGCUUUGUGGUUUGUCCGCGCAGGCUGAGCCCAAACUCAGUGCAGAGGAGAAGCAGGCCCUGGAGAUGAAGCUGACCGACAUCGAGGAGGAGCCUGUGUGGCGAAAUGUCUGCAAUGUCAACGCCAUCAUCCUCCUCACUGUCAAUGUCUUUCUGUGGGGCUUCUUUGCCUGACUCUGCAUGCUUUUAUCUAUCUAUCUAUCUAUCUAUCUAUCUAUCUAUCUAUCUAUCUAUAUAUAUCUAUAUAUAUAUAUAUAUAAGCUAUUUGAAUGUAAUUUGAGAGUAACUUGUAUUCAAAUUCCACAGUGAGGAAACUCAUUUGUCAGACAGACUCAUUUUACCAGUACUCGUUGCUUGAGUGUGUAAACUCAUCUCUAUGGUUCUGGUAUAUGAACCCUACAAUAGCUAAAAACAAUAGUUUCAAAUAAAGUUGAAAAAGCCUAUAUUAAGCAUAAUAGUAAUGACAACAAUAUCAAAUAUCAACAAUGAAAAUAAUGAGUUUUUUUUUUAUCAUUUUAACAAAAAACAUACAAACCAUAACUCUGUUAGAAAAUGAAUUAAUUAUGUGCAAGCUGAAUAGAUAAAUCUAAACACUUCUUUAAAGUCCCAAAACUAUCACAAGAAUGCUGAACACUAGGCAACUCACUCCACCAAUGAGGAAGCCCAGAGGAAAAGAGCCUUAAUUGGGACCUCUUAGCGUUUUUUCAGAGCAACACAGUGGACAAGAGGGGACGCAGAGCUGGAUCAUGGAAUUCAAGUGGCAAGGUGCAGAUCCAGUAUAAGCCAGAGUAGGGGAUUUGAAUUUAAUUCUGGCCGAUGGAAAGUAACUAACAGAGGAGUUACAUGUGUCUUUGGCUGAUUGAAGACCAGGUGUGCUGCAGCAUUCUCAAGGCUAGGGUGAGGAAAAACUCAUGUCAUUUAAACAAUUAAACAACUUGUGUAUGAA